CCUUUACAUGUUAUUUAGAAUACUCCCGAUCCACUAACGGUGCUUUUAGAUGCCUUAAACACCGGUCACCGUUCUCGUCAAAUCCAUCGCUUGCGACGAAGGGUUUACCGAGUAAACUGACCCAUUACCCAUGAGUUUCUCCCCGGAUCUUCUCAGUGAGUCGCGUUUCACUGCUCUUGCUAAGGCUAGUAUUAGCAACGUCCCUAGGUUAGAGCCCUGUGAGCUCAGCUACUCGCACGGUGGAUCUAGUAUGACCCCUCGAGGUCACUAGAAUAGGUAGGAAAAAAGCUUGGGUUCCGAACGUAAUAUGACGUAAUAGAUAAGUGUUUUCAUUUUAUGGAGUGAAUUCUCCGAAAUUGAUUUAGGGUAGGUACAUAAAUCAUUUUUUUAUAGAUUUCUUCGCUAAUGCAGUGUUUUAAUAUUGCGUCCAGUAUUAUCAAACAUCGUAUAGAACGGCACUAAAACUACAUCAGCUUCAGAAUUCAAAAUGUGAGUAAUUUCCUCGUUUGUAAUAAAUAACGUUAUAACGGAACCAAAUAUCCGAACGUGCGAUACCGCCCCCGCCGCCGCCUCACCCCCCGCUGAGCUCUCGAGGCGAAAAAACACGCCCUCGCCUCGGCGCGCGCGACUACGCGGCGACGACCAGCAAAAUAUUGUCACUCUUAGUUUAACUACUGUUCUCAACUCAUUUUGUAUUUUAUUUUAGUUAUUGUGUCGCUUUUAUAUUAAAACCUCAUACAAAUCAGUGUAAACAUUAUUUCCAUAUCAUCUUCGCCAACAGCCCGGAAUACUGAACUCACAAAAGCCCCGCCAAUCGGACCUUUAGUGUUAAAACGUUCAAUUAUAAAAAUAGUAAUUAUUAUAAUUGAACGUUAUCUUCGUAUAGAUAUUUAUUGAUAAGAUAAGAUUCAAAAUACAUACCCGCUGUUGACACAGUUGUAUGGCGAACAAUAGCAGCUAUGGGUAACGCUAAAUCCUAUCCAGGUCUUACACAAGACGUUUUGGAAGACUACACUAAUCUAACCUAUUUGAGUAAGGGCGAAAUAUUACAUUUGAUGAAGAAAUUUUAUUCGAUAAAUCCUGAUAAAUUGGAGGCUGACUAUCAAUACAGGUUCAGUAAAGAAGACAUUGUGAAUAAAUUUGAAGUUUUAAGGAACAAUCCCUUUCAAGAUCGUCUUUUCCGAGUGUUCUCCUCGCACGACGAUGGCCGUUUCUCAUUUGAAGACUUAUUGGAUCUGUGCUCAGCGAUGUGUCCGGAAUGUCCACUUGAAGUAAAAGCUGCGUGGGCGUUUAAAGUUUUUGAUCUGGACGAUGACAACCAAAUAUCAGCGAAGGAUAUUUGCCAGAUUAUAGACCGACUCACUUGGACUGGAAAUAAUCGUUCGAAUUUCCUCGAUCGCGAAUCAAAAGCAAAGAUAGCCGAAAUUAUCUUGGAAGAAACAAAAUUGGACAGCAGCGGCAGUAUCGGCCUAAGCGAAUUUAAAAUUAUGAUGUCCAGGAUACCGGAGUUUUCAUCGUCUUUUUACUUUAAAUUAUGAGAUCUUAAAAAAUAUUGUAACAUUUCUUAUAACAAAUCAUUUUAAUACAGCCCUAACUAUAAUAAUA